AGGCUAAUUAGCAUCAAUAAUUCAAUUAUUAUGAUCAAUUACUGGUGACUACCUUUUGAUGAUCGUCCGCCAUGGCUAAUAAUGCAUCUCAAAGAAUAACAAUUAGCAACAAAAAAGAAUGAAGAAACCCGAUGAUUGCCGAUUGAUCCCAAUUACAGCUUCGUCCGACGAUGCUCAACCUGUGUCCGGUUCGAGACGGAGUGCAGGAGCCGAGCUUCGUGGUUUAUUACUUAGGAGAGAGUGAAAGUUGUGGCUAUUGUAUCGUUGAAGGAUUCUUAUGGAUGGAGUCAAUCUUUCGCCGGCAUUGUUCAGGUGCUCUCCAUUUCUGCGUCUUUCAUUAUGUUUCCCCAUCUGUUUAAUUCUGGCUGUGAUUGCUGACAAAAGCCAAGUGCCAAAUCGAGUUUGAUGUUCAACUCAUAAAAAUGACGCACUUGGACCUAGGCUCAUUGGUUGGAUCUUUUUAUCCAACUAAAUUUCUUCUUCAGGAUCUACAUUUAAUUGAUGCAUUUGUGUAGGUUUGAUUUGGAAGUGUGGUGUUAUUGUUUUGGAAUACUUCUUUAAGCUUUUGAUAUCCAGGAUAAUAAAGCAUGACUUAAAGAAAUGAUUAAUGCAACAAAAAAAAAGUGAUUAUUACAACUGUACAUCAACUUCCACAAAUAUCUUGGUAUGAUUAUAGUUUAGUUGAGAAACCAAAACCCAUAUCUUAAAACGUUCUAAUAGGCAAUUAGGAGUUGUUAACACCUAAGAGAGACAUUUAGUUUCUUAUAAACAUUUGUAUGAGCAUUGAGCACAUAUAUUGGAAAAAAAGCAACUCAUCCAUAACACUGGCACAUGUUUUUAAUUUUUUUUAACUGAUCGAUGAGUAGAGCUAGUAAUCGCAGUCAUCUUUUUCUCUAGAGUUAUCUGAUAUCACCAAUUGCUGGAGGGACACUAAUGGAUUAUUUUGGUGGGAAGGCAGUUUUGACAUGGGGGUGUGAUUUUAUGGUCUUUAGCAACUUUUCUAACUCCUUGGUCUAUGGGGGUUUCCUUGCGGUCACUGUUUUUCAUUGGAUGUUGCUAAGCAUUGCAGAAGACGUAGCUCUUCCCUGCAUGAACAAUAUGAUUGCAAGGUAUACAAGUCAUACCCAUUGGAUAAUACAACAUCUGUUUCAAAAAUAAAAGUACGCGGUUCAAAUUUAUGUAGAUGAAUUGUUUACUUCAAAGCAAACAAAAACCUUAUUUUGGGAUUGAUGAAAAAGAAAAAAUGAACCUUUUUGAAUGCUUAAAAAUAUAUGCAUGGUCUACAAGGUAAUUUCCAAGUUGUUAUGUUUUAGACUGAAAGCUGUACUAUAUACAUUACUUUUAGCAUCAAUUUUUGAAACAUUACUAAAUAUUAGAAUACCCAAAGAAAACACUACACUUCACAUUAGCAAAAGAGCUUCUAGGCUUUCUGCCAAACUAUUAUUCCUGCUAUUGUUUUCAUGUCAAACAAGACAUAAUUUGGAAGGUUUUACACAUUUUUGCUCUAAAAUAUGGAGUGAGUGGUCAACAGUUAAUCGUAUUGUCAUCUUUAAUCUGACACAUCGAAAGCCAACAACAUGUGGGAACUGUGAAGUCGAAGGAGCCGCAAAAGUUUAGCCUAUCAAGUUGGUGACCUAGACUAUCUCAAAGUCGUUUGUUGUGAUUUUUACAGUUUAGAUAUUUGUUGCUUCUUCCUUUAGUCACAAACACUAUUUUUUUAUUCAUUACUGCUUCAUUAAUUUUGAAGUUCUUACUUUUUUAGGAUCAAUUGUUACUUGCAUGGGAUGAUAUUAUCAUGGUUAAGGAGAUUCCCAAGCCGAAGUUCAAAAAAGCAUUUCCUCGUGAAUCAAGGAAUCAACAUGCUGGUGGAUUCAAUCAAGCUGAUAUCCCAGCUGCAAUUGCUGAAGAAAUUGUUGUUUUUGCUCUCGUUGCUCCUGAAGUGGUUGCACCGCACCCCAUGAAUUUGGCUGUUCCGGAAAAUGCUGUUGGCCAUAGUGUGCCUCCUGAACCCGAACCGGAUUCUGAGUCUGAGGUUGAAGAGGAUGAGGUAAUGAGAUUUCCAGAUCUCAAACCUAGAGAACUAGAUUGGGAGCAACCUCAUCCUCUUCAACCUCAGACUCAGAAUCCGGUUCGGGUUCAAGAGGCACACCAUGGCCAGCAGCAUUUUCCAGAACAGCCAAAUUCAUGGGGUGCGGUGCAACCACUUCAGGAGCAACGGGAGCAAGAACAACAAUUUCUUCAGCAACUGCAGUUGGGAUAUCAGCCUGAUUGAAUCCACCAACAUGUCGAUUCCUUGAUUCACGAGAAAAUGCUUUUUUUUCGAACUUCGGCUUUGGAAUCUCUGAAAUAAACAAGAUGAAUAAAAACCGAGUACAACAACACAUUUAAAACCCUAAUGAAAUAGCCUUAAGAAAAAUCUUACUCUCCAGACGGCGCUUGUUUUUCCUCUGGUACACCUUGACAGCUGAAACUCUCCUGUCCUUAUUCAUUUUUGCAGAUCUGUGUCCAACUUCAAUGGGGUUCCUCAACUUCUUAGGGUUCCUCCCACAGAAUCCUUUUAUAGUGCUAUUUAAAAAUAGAACACAAAACUGACGUUACAACACAUUGAUCAAAGGGUUUGUUUGAAGUGUUAAAAAAACCCAACAAUCAUUCAUUAACAAGGGCUACAAGGCCCAAAGAAAAAGUUUUAGCAUAAUUUAGACCAAACAGGCCCAAAGAAAAAAUAAUAUCAAACGGAAAACAUGACCUGAUUAUCAUAUUUUUACCCGACCCGAUAUCUACUGCUUCCAAAUUCUGACCGAUCCAGCAUCUUUUCCAGAUUUUUACCCAAUCGCCCAGCCUUCGACCCGAGCCCUAUCCAGCUACCACACAUCCCGACCUGUGACCCGAUCUGGAAUCAGUUCCUCCGAGCCUCUGACCCGACCCUGAUUAGAAAAUACAAGCCAAAUUGAACACAACCGAAGUGCUUUCAAUUCGAAUGGUAUUUUCGAAUACAGAUCUCGAAAAAACAUUUUAAAUCCAGCAAGAUAUUGAGAAGAACGAAAAGAGAGCAAUGAAGUAAUUCAAGUAGAAUCAACAAAUAUUGAAUCUUUAUCAAGAAGUUGGGGAAUUGAAUUGACAGAGAACGAAUGGAGAUAUCAAUUAAGUGUGUUGAUGGAGAUUUGAGGACAGAAGAAGAGUGCUCUAACAAGGGGCCAAUGGACAAAUAGAGACCCGUGAAGACAUCGACGGAAGGGAGAUCGAAGGAAGAUAGAGGAGCGAAGAGAGAGGGCUGCAAACGAAGCGAGGGAAGAGAGAUCAUAUGAAGGUGUUUCAAUUCACAUACGGAGUAAUAAAUAGAGGGCAGCAAC